CCAGCCCUGUGGUGACCCCAGGAGGGCACGUGACCCUUCAGUGUGUCUCACAACAGGCAUAUGACAGGUUCAUUCUAAUGAAGGAAGAUGAGAAGUUCUCCAGGCCUUUGCCCUCACAGAACAUAUACCCUGGGCUAUUUGGCACCCCUUUCUCUGUCGAUGCUGUGACCCCCAACCAGAGGUGGAGGUUCACAUGCUAUGGCUAUUAUUUGAGAAACACCCAGGCAUGGUCAGUGCCCAGUAACCACCUAGAGCUCCUGGUCUCAGGGAGCCUCCAGAAACCCACAAUCUGGGCUGAGCCAGGCUCUGUGAUCAACUCAGGGAAUCCUGUGACAAUUUGGUGUGAGGGAACAAUGGAAACUCAAAUGUAUAUCCUGUAUAAAGAAGGAAGCCCAGCACCAUGGGGCAGAUUGACUGCACCAGUGCCUGAUCACAAGGCCAAGUUUUUCAUCCCUUCCAUGAGAGUGCAUAAUGCAGGACGAUAUCACUGUUACUGUUAUAACUCUGCUGGCUGGACACAACACAGUGACUCCCUGGAGCUGAUGGUGACAGGUGUCCACCAUGGUAAACCUACUCUUUCAGCUGUGCCUAGCCCUGUGGUGACCUCAGGUGGGAAUGUGACCCUUCAGUGUGUCUCAUCCAAAGGAUACGAUGGGUUCAUUUUGACUGGGGAAGAUCUGAAGUUCUCCAGGUCCCAAAAGGCACAACUCAUACACGCUGGACUGUCCCUAACUCUGUUUCCUGAGAUCUCUGUGAUAUCCAGCAAGAGUGGUCCUUUCAGAUGUUAUGGAUACUAUACAAAUACCUCCUUUGUGUGGUCAGAGGCCAGUGACCCUCUGGAGAUACAUGUCUCAGGGCUGUCAGGGAAGCCCUUCCUGGUGACUCAGCAUGGCCCUGUCCUGGGCCCUGGAGAAAACCUGACACUUCAGUGUUCCUCUGAGAUAAGUUAUAACAGAUUUGUUCUGUCCAAAGAAGGGGAAAGUGACCUCCCCGAGGUCUCGGUUCAUCAGACCCAGGCUGGACAUUUUUAUGCCAACUUCACCCUAGGCUCUGUGAAUUUCUCCAUUGGUGGCCGGUAUAGAUGCUAUGGUUCCUAUAACUUCUCUGAGUUGUCAGCCCCCAGUGACCCUCUGGACAUACUGAUCAUAGGACAUCCUCCUGUCACACUCAAUCUCUCAGUGCAUCCAGGCACUACUGUGUCCUCAGGAGAGAAUGUGACUCUGCUGUGUCAAUCAUCAGUCCCAGUGGACAAAUUCUUUCUGUUCAAGGAAGGUGCAGCCCAUCCCUACAUGCAACAAAGAUCAAAGUCUCAAGAUCUACAAUAUGAGGCAGAAUUCUUCAUGAGUGCUAUGACCUUGGCCUUUGGGGGUUCUUACAUAUGUUUUGGUUCUCAAAACUCAUCCCCUUACCUGCUGUCACAUGCCAGUGUUCCUGUGGAGAUCAUAGUCUCAGUCCAGACAAAGACUGACUUGCAACAUGCUACAGUCUCAGCGAACAAGGGCAAAAGCUUUCAGAAGAGAUCCAAACCAGCUCCUGUCAUCCAGGAAGAAAUCUUAUAUGCUACUGUGAAGGUCACACAGCCUGCAGACAGCAUGGAGCUGGAUGUCCUGGUGAAGCCCUCAAGACUCAGAAGGACAGAGAUCACCUCUUCUCUCAUGCCAAAGAAAUCAUUGGCCUCAAAUGACACACAGUCAAAAGGAAAUCAAGUGAUAGAUGAGAAGGCUGCUACAACAGAGGAGCCACAUGAUGUGACCUAUGCCAAGCUGUGCAUCCUGACCCCGAGACAGGGACAUGUGAACCUCCCACCUUCCAGGCAGAAACGUCCAACCUGAGAAAUACUCUGGCCUCUACCAAUCCAGGGAGAUCCACAUUCUGCAUUCCAUGGAGGAGGGAGGACUCAGGGACGUCAGAACACAAGAUUUGCCUCAGGUGCACAGUCAUAGUGCAGACAUGACCAGUCUCUAGGAAAUCCUGAGAAAUUUGGGCAUCUGAUUUGGUUGUUCCUUUGUUUUAUAAAUAAGGCAAAUGCUUUGUCAGUGACUAAUAGAUAAAAUGAGGAAAGAAGAAAGGA